AUGACAUCCGUCUCUUGGAAAGCUCUCCUUGUCAUACUCGGUGGCGCGGCGACCAUAACUGCUCAUGGUCAUGUAGUUGACGUUGUCAUUAAUGGCGUCUCCUACCAGGGCUACGAUCCGACCUCCUUCCCGUAUAUGCAGAACCCGCCAACAGUUGUUGGAUGGACCACUUCUCAAACAGACAACGGCUUCGUGGCGCCAGACGCAUUUGGUGACGGAGACAUCAUCUGCCACAAGACGGCGAGCAAUGCCGGUGGCCAUGCUGUAGUCGCCGCUGGUGACAGCGUCUUCAUUCAGUGGAAUACAUGGCCGGAAUCUCAUAAAGGCCCCGUUAUCGACUACCUAGCCAAUUGCGGUGACAGCUGUGAGACGGUCGACAAGACCUCCCUGGAGUUCUUCAAGAUCGAUGGUGUAGGACUGGUGGAUGGGUCGUCAGCACCAGGUACUUGGGGUUCUGACCAACUCGUCGCCAACAACAACUCGUGGCUUGUGCAAAUACCAUCGAACAUCGCCGCUGGCAACUAUGUCUUGCGACAUGAGAUCAUUGCUCUUCAUAGUGCGGGCCAAGACAACGGCGCUCAAGCAUAUCCCCAGUGCGUGAACUUGCAGGUCACCGGUGGUGGGUCCGGCACCCCGACAGGCGUGAAGGGAACCGAGCUAUACACUGCCAGCGACCCAGGCAUCCUCAUCAACAUCUACCAGAGCCUGAGCAACUAUGAGAUCCCUGGUCCGGACCCCAUCGACGGCGCUACCAAUGUUGCUCAAACCACAUCUGCCGUAACGUCCAGCGCGUCCGCUGUUGUCGGCUCUGCAACUGGCCCUGCUGGUACGGCGCCAACGACCACGGCCGAUUCUGGUUCCGGAUCUGGAUCGGACCCGAGCACCACUGCUCAGGGAACUGCUACGCCGACUGUGGCUUCUAGCUCAAGUGCGUCAGUUUCCAUUGAAGUAUCUACGCCCUCCGCCACUUCCACCGGCGCGAUUACUUGCCCCGGUGCUGCGAAGCUCCGACGUCACGCGCGUGACGUUCAGCUUCACUAA